CGGUGUGCGCGUUUCCACCAGACUCCAUAGGCCAGCCAGCCAGCCAGCCAUCCGGAGCCGGAGCAGGACACGUACACAUUCCCCCGUUCCCCUAUCCCAGGUCGGUCUCGCCGGAAAGAUUCCAGCCGCAAGUCAAAUUCCUCCGCCCUCCCCUUUCUCCCGGUCUCGUGGCUCCUCCGGGCUCCGGCCACCGCGCUGCGACAAAAAAAACAACAACCAAAAGCCGAGCCACCCACCCACCCCACACCAACUGACGGAGCAGAAGAAGAACCCCAGCCAGCAGGCCAUCCAUUCCCACCCCGUUCGUCCUUCGUCCGGCCGGGAUAUGGAAACCACGGCCGCCGCCCGGGCGAGGCGGCACCCGGCGGCGCCGGCCGAGCGCGGCAGCAGCAGCUGCAGGCGGCGGCGCGGCGUGUCCGUGCGGUGCUCCUCCUCCGGCUCCUCCCCGGCGCAGGAGUUCGCGGCGCUGGCGUCGGUGUUCCGCCGCAGGCUGGUCGUGGGGGCCACCACGGCGGCGGCGGCAGCCGUGGGGGCCAACUUCGGCGGCGUCACCAGCUUCCUCCUCGGACUCUCGCCCGAGCUCGGCCGUUCGCUCCGCCUCGACGUGCUCUACCCCGUCGGCGGCUUCACCCGAUGCCUCGACUCCGACAACGGAUUCGAAUUUAUCUAUCCAGCAAACUGGGUUGGAGAUCAGACAAUACUAUACAAUCAAGUGAAGAAAGCAGAACUUCAGAGAUCACUAGACCCUCCGCCAUUGACAAAUGGGAGAUCACCAUCUCGACCUUCAAACAUCAGUGGACCUGUGGCAGCUUUUGGCCCUCCAGGAUCCAACGGGGAGCUCAAUGUCAGUGUCAUUGUCUCACCUGUCCCACAGGACUUCUCAAUUGAGGCCUUUGGAGGUCCGAAAGAUGUCGGGGAGGUGGUGCUUAGAAGGAUCGCAAGGACAAAGCGAAACCCGGACAUCAGCGCCACUCUCAUCGAUGCUGCCUUGAGAGAAGAUACCGUGACCAAUGUGAAAUACUACAAGCUAGAGUUUCGAGUCGAAAGCCCAUCUUUUCGACGGCAUAACGUCGCGGUGUGCUGCGUGAGGGAUGGCAAACUGUACACCUUGAAUGCGCAGGCACCGGAAUCGGCAUGGAGAGCAGUUCAGAACGAGUUCUUUGCGAUGGCGGAUUCCUUCAGUCUAGUGAUUGAUGUUUGAUCUUGUAGACACGCAGUUUUUGAGCCCUUGCUGCUCUAGUCUGUAACUUCCCAAGUUGAGAAGAGGAGAAAUGUAAUGUAAAUGUUCUUGUAUAAUAGUCUUCUUUUUACACAAAUGUCUGAAAUUUUCUUUUGCA